AUGUAUUUCGCUGAUCGAACUCGGUACAUUGUCUUGACCCUGUCGGUCAUCUGCUUCACAUUGAUCUUCGCAAAUAGUGUUGCACUUAAUUUCACCAUAAUUUGCAUGGACGACAAUGGAUCGGAUUCUCAUCUCGGUACUCCAAUGAAUAGCAGUCACGGAUCACACUGGCUUCAUUCGAGCACUCAUGUGAAUUCACUGUUCUCCGCAAUUGCUAUCGGCUGCUUAAUCGGCACCAUUCCAAGCACUUACAUUAUUCAUAAACUUGGACUUUGCAAAACCAUGACACUUUAUGGAAUGACCACAACUUUGGCAACGCUUGGAUUUCCGGUGGCAGUGAGGACAGGAUUUGAAGCGAUAUUCGUUAUGAGAGUACUACAGGGAGCACUGUCAGUACUUGCGUUUACCACGUUUUUCUUCUUCUACAAGGACGAUCCGAGCAGACACAGAGCUAUCAUUAAGGAUCCUUGUAUACUCGCUGUAUGGUUGGCAGCAAGUGGAGGGAAUCUUGGAUUUCAAGUAUUCGUUCUGUAUGGUCCAACGUAUAUCAAUAAGGUUCUCCACUUCAACGUCACCUCAACCGGAUUCGUCACCGCAUUACCUCACAUUCUCUCAGCAGCACUGAAAUUUGUGGUCACGAAUCCUACAGUGGAUCAAAUCGCGUACACUGCUGCAAUUGUGUUCAGCGGUAUUAACGUCGUCGGUGUCGUGAAAUGUGCACAACUGGUGGCCCGUCAACAUGCUCAUUUCGUUAUGGCUGUGAUGUCAUUCCAUCUUUGUAUUAUUAUACUCUUUGUUCCGAUAGCAGUGAGCAUCGUCUGUCCAGACAACACUCCGGAACAAUGGUCAAACCUAUUCUUCGGGAUAAGCGUGAUCGUAGUCGUAGCGAACGUUCCGUUCGCUUUUCUGGCUAGUAGUGAGCCGGCACCAUGGACCGGAACCGAUAAGGGUAGAGGUGUAGCUCACGACAAUGUGUGUGAUUACGCUCAGUUCGAGCAAUUAAUCCAGAAAACACGAGCAAAACAUUUUGGUAUGACUUCGCUCACGGAACUAUGCAUCCAAUUACGCGUUAGAAUGCGGGCGACUCCUACUUCUGCACUCCAACACAACUCAGAUGGGCAGCAGAAACUGCCGCAACUUCGCACAACGGCCGACGCAUUGCGGAUUGCUUACGUUCUGUCGCGUAGUAAAUUGCAUCGUUAG